AUGCCAGGUAGCCCCAAGAAAAAGAAAAUGAAGUGGAAAGCUACAGAGUCCGAUCUUAAGGCACCCGAAGGGCAAGAAGGUCUGGUGAAGAGAGUGCAUGCUCAAGCUGACGAUCAAGCAGAUGAGUCGCAACACCGUCGAUGUUCGGGACGUCCAGGUGCUGGGAAAGGAGGUAGAGGCACUCAGCUGGAGAAAAUUGGCGCCAUCUUGCAUGCCCAAGUAUGGACCAACCAAGCCAAGGGUGCUACAUCCCUUGAUCUGAACGUUCCCGCAAACCCUCUCGCUCCAGAACCGCCUCGCAAGGGUCGCAAAAGCCAUUCCAAGAAUAAGCAGCCCCCUCCACCAUAUAGCCCUUCAGAGACGCUGCAUGCAACAACUUCCAAGUCACGCUCAAAGAACAAGAUUCCCAUCGCUCCUACCCUGAGCCUUCAACUUUUGAACGAUCAACCAACUUUUGCGCAAUGUGAAGCUGGCGGACAAUAUGGAUUUUCACCCCCGAUUGUUUCCAUUGUUCCCCCUGGCACGGAACCAGAUCUUCAAGCUCCUGCUUCCGAAGCUCACCAUCUGACCAAUGCUCCUCACAUCACAGAUCCAGUACCUUCCAGGACAACUUCAACUACUGCGACGUUAUCAGACACUACCUUCUAUGAUAACUUGAAUCCUGCCCUCUGGUUGAGUUCACCACUAGGAGCAGAUUCCGAAGAGUCAGACACGUCGAAGGAUGAAGAAACAUCUGGUUUGGAUGGUGGUAGUGAAGACAGGCAGAUCGGUUGGGGAGAAGUUGGUUUUUCAAGAGAAGAACUACCUUCCCAGCCUCAAGUGGUGACUGCACUGCCAACAGAUUUCGAAUUUCAGCACACGUGA